GUUGUUAGAAACAUUAGCACAACAAUACAACAAAAUGUUCUCUAAGGUCAUUUGCAUCGUUGCUUUCGCUUCCGUGGUGGCUGCGUACCACGGCCACGGGUUCUCUUCCCAGUACAUCUCGAGACACGAUGGCCAUGCGCACCCUGUGGCCGUUCACGGACACGGACACGGACAUGACCACGGACACGGCCACCACUACGACUACUAUGCUUACCCGAAAUACGAGUUCGAAUACAAAGUAGAAGACCCCCAUACCGGCGACCACAAGACCCAGCACGAGUCCCGCGACGGAGACGUCGUGAAGGGCUUCUACUCCCUGCACGAGCCUGAUGGCUCCGUCAGACACGUCCACUACCAUGGCGACAAGCACACUGGGUAA